AUGUUAAAAAAGAUAACCAUUUCUAUAAAACAACUAGAAAAUACUCAUACACUUUAAAUGGCAAUAGCAUAUAUGUUGAUUGCUUAUUUUUUCCAUGCUGUAUAGGCUACUUUUUACAAAUGCGGUCAUUUUACUGUUGUUCCCCAAUUCAUGUUUGUAACUUCAUUUAUAUCCUUUAUCACUCUACAUCUUGUACAAUUUAAUUAAAAUAUGUAUCCAAAAGAAAAAAUGCCUCACAUUAUUAGGUCUUAAGUAGGCAUUGGUAUUGGAACAUUAUUCUACUUUUAUGGUGUAAACUUGAUCUCUUUAUCAGAGGCAGUAAUUCUAUUUUGUACAAAUUCUAUAUGGAGCUAAAUAAUGGUUAGUAUAAUGAAUAAAGAAGGAAUUACUAAAUCAAGACUUUUUAAUUCAAUUUUAUGCAUUAUAGGAGUGAUUUUAAUUGCAAAUCCUUCAUUUUAAUCUAAGGAUCCAAUCUAACAUAUAAUUGGAUGCUUAUGUAUCUUGAUUUGUAGCAUUAUUUAAUCCUAUGCAUUCAUUAUAAUGAAAUAAAUUGGCACUUAAAUACCUUCAUCAGUUACUGUUACUUAUUUUAAUAUUAUUAUGCUAUUUUUGUCAAGUUUAUAGUAAUAAUAUAUUGCUAAAUUUGAGUAUUUUGAAGGUUACUUUUUCUAUACUUUAGGAUUUAGUACCUUUACACUUUUAGCUUAAAUUAUAAAAUUUAGAGCAUAAACAAUGGUUACCUAUGAUAAGAUAUGUAACUAUUCAUAUUCCUAAAUGAUUUACAUUAUAAUAAUAGAUUUUUUUGUUUUUCAUUCUAUUUUGAGUAUAAAUGGUGCUAUCGGGGCCUUGUGUAUAAUAUCUGGAGUUUAUAAAUAAUUGAGAGAAGAUAGAUAAAUAAAAUGA